AUGUCGUGGCAACCAUCUCAGGACUCGGUCAGGCAGCUCGCCGCGUGCCUCAGAGACUCAUUGAGCGGCUUCGACAAAUCCGCUCAGAAGCAGGCCGAAGUGAUGCUGCAACAGGCAAAGAGUUCCCCCGACGUCAAUAAUUAUCUUGCAUAUCUCUUCUCGAGCCCCCACCCGCCAGACGGCUUGCAGUGCAGUGAAUCUGACUACCACCUUGUGCGAUCGGCUGCCGGAAUCAUGCUGAAGAACAAUGUCAAGUCAGAGUGGAAGAAUAUACCCGAGGAGAGCCUAAACUUCGUCAAGUUGGCCGUUCCCAUGGCCCUGCAAGAUAAAAAUCCCCAGGUCCGCAAUUACGCUGGGAACAUUGCAACGGAGGUCAUUCGGAGAGGUGGUCUCCUGACUUGGCCUGAUUUGCUCCCUCAACUGAUGGAUAUGAUCGGAAAUGCCAGCGGCCAAGUUCCCAACGAGGCUCAAGAGGGAGCCAUGUCGGCCAUGUCCAAGGUUUGCGAGGACAAUCCUCGUGUCUUUUUAAGAGAAGUCAAUGGACAGCGUCCAUUGAACUUUGUGCUUCCCCGGCUCAUUGCUGCCACCAAGAGCCCGCUCCCCAAGGUCCGCGCCGGGGCUUUGACUGCCAUUAACGUCUUCACGCCUCGAGCCUCGCAGGCCAUGGUCAACUCGAUUGACGAGCUUCUGCAACACCUAUUCGUUCUUUCCAGCGAUACCAGCCCCGAUGUUCGACGACAAGUUUGUCGCGCCUUUGUCCACCUUGUCGAAAGGCGACCAGACAAACUGCAGCCUCAUAUCGGCGGCUUGGUCGAUUACGUUAUUUCGCAGCAAAAGGGCGAUGAUGAAGACCUCGCUUGUGAAGCAGCCGAAUUCUGGCUUGCCGUAGGAGAGCAUGAAGAUUUGUGGCGAGGCCUGCAGCCAUACCUUAACAAAAUCAUCCCUGUCCUCCUAGAAUGCAUGGUUUACAGCGGUGAAGACAUUGCUCUUCUCGGUGGCGAAUCUGAUGAUGAAGAUGAAGAGGACAGGGAGCAGGACAUUAAGCCAGCAUUCGCCAAGAGGAAUUUGAACAGGAAUACCAAUGAAAAUGGUGACUCGGUGCAUCAAAAUGAAGGUGGCAACACCUACGGAAAGCUUGCCAGCAUGGAUGAUGACUUGGAGGAGGGCGAGAUCGACGAACUCGAUGAUGGGGAUGAAAACCCCGACGAGCGGUGGACGCUUCGCAAGUGUUCGGCCGCAGCAUUGGAUGUCUUUGCCCGGGACUUUCGGAAUCCUGUCUUUGAGGCCAUCUUCCCGUACCUGUCUCAGAAUCUGAAGCACAAUGAGUGGCCACACCGCGAGGCCGCUGUCUUGGCUUUGGGAGCAGUUGCCGAGGGCUGCAUGGACGUCGUCGUACCUCAUCUUCCGGAGCUUGUGCCGUACUUGAUUUCUCUACUGGAAGAUUCCGAACCCGUUGUUCGGCAGAUCACCUGCUGGACGCUGGGUCGAUAUUCAGAAUGGGCAGCUGGAUUACCGGAACAGAGUCAGAGGGAGCGAUUUUUUGUGCCGCUCAUGGAUGGAAUCCUUCGCAAGAUGCUGGACAGAAACAAAAAGGUCCAGGCCGCCGCUGCUUCAGCCUUUGCCAACAUUGAAUACAAGGCUGGCUCCCACCUUGGGCCAUAUUGCGGGCCUAUUAUUCAACAGUUUGUUCGAUGCUUUGGAAAAUACAAGGACAAGAACAUGUAUGUUCUCUACGAUUGUGUUCAGACGCUAGCUGAGCGUAUAGGGUCAUUACUCGCCACCCCUGAACUCAUGAACCAGCUGAUGCCAGCCCUGACGGAAAGAUACAACCUCGUCCCGGACCAAUCCAGAGAGGUGUUCCCACUGCUAGAAUGCCUAUCUUAUGUUGCAUUGGCCGUGGGGUCCGAAUUCGCACCGUAUGCCCCUCCAAUCUUUGUGAGAUGCGUAAACAUCAUUCACAUGAAUUUGGAGCAGAGUCUAGCUGCUGCAAGCAACGGUGCGCUCGACACUCCCGACAAGGACUUUCUGGUGACCAGUCUUGAUCUGCUCAGUGCAAUUAUUCAGGCUCUGGGUGAGGAAAAGUCCUCGGAGCUUGUCAAGACGUCCCCUCAGCCCUUCUUUGAGCUGCUUUCAUUCUGCAUGGAAGACCCCGCCGACGAGGUCCGACAAUCUGCAUAUGCGCUGCUGGGCGAUUGUGCAAAUUACGUAUAUGCACUGAUGCAGCCGCAUCUGGGAUCUAUUUUACCAAUUGCCCUGAAACAGCUAGACUUGGACUCCAUGCUGGACGACGAGGUCGGAGAUGGAUUUGGCGCGUACAAUAACACGUGCUGGUCCCUGGGCGAGAUCACCAUGCAGCACGGCAAAGGCAUGGCACAAUGGGUUCCUGGUCUUCUCAAACAUCUUGUUGAAAUCAUGAGUAACGCUCGUGUUCCAAAAAGUCUUGCUGAGAAUGCUGCUAUUGCGCUAGGUCGGCUAGGCAUAGAAAACUCGGAGUUGUUGGGCCCGGCACUCCCAACAUUCGCCGAGGAAUUUCUAGGCAUGAUGAAGAGAAUCGAACCAACCGACGAAAAGGCCUCUGCUUUCAAGGGAUUUUCCAUGAUUGUAGGCCGAAACCCGCAAGCUAUGGAAAGGGUGUUGCUGGAUUACUUUGUAGCGGUUGCCCAGUAUGAGGACUCGGAGCUGCAGAAUCCAUUGAAGCAGGAACUUCACGGUGUCAUUCAGCAUGUCCUGAACCAAUACAAACAAAUAAUGCCGCAAUUUAGUGACUUCAUCGGACAGAUGUCUCCCCACGACAGGCAAACUCUGACAAAUAACUACUCUGUUUAA